AUGCAAUGCAAGUAGUUCCUCUCAUACUAAUAUCUAUCAGAAAGCAAGAGGGAAAAGAGGAAAAUCGUGUUUCCUUUUCGACUAAAUUGACGACUGUUCUUUUUAUUCAAACCCUUCAUGCAAACAGCCAACUAGGCGCUACAAGCAGCCAUUGUCGACGGAGUAAGUUCUUGUGCUCGGUACAAUUCGGGAUUACACAAGACAUUCGGAUCAUUGGUGAUAAAUUAUAAUGUUGGUACCUGUAUCCCCAUACACGGUGGGCGCCACCAUUGAUUCAGAAUAUUAUACUGAACCUUCAUUGAAAGAUUUAACAGAAAUAGAGGGUAUUAAUGCUAGAGACAGUUGUAAAAUUAGGGAUUUUACGGUGGGAAAGAUUGGAUUCGGGAGUGUGAGGUUUUUGGGGGAAACCAAUGUGAGAGGUUUGGAUGUGAUGGAGAUUGUUAAGUUUAAUAGGCAUGAAGUCGUUGUUUAUGAAGACGAGAGUUGUAAACCUCCUGUUGGGGAAGGAUUAAACAAGCCUGCUGUUGUGACUUUGGUUUUGAAGUUAGGAAGGUUGGAUUUUGAAGGUGAUAGAUUGUGUAAGAUUGUUGAUAGGUUGAGAGCUACUGCUGAAAAGCAAGGAGCUGAGUUCAUUUCUUAUGAUCCGUUGAGUGGAGAAUGGAAGUUUUUGGUUCAACAUUUUAGUCGAUUUGGAUUAAGUGUAGACGAUGAGGAUGACAUUGUGAUGGAUGACGCGGAUGCGGACCCAGUUGAGGAUUAUGUUGAGAUGAAUGAUGAUGUUGGUGAGGAUGAGGGCAUUGUUAGUGAUAGAUUUGAUAUGGGCAAUGGUCCUGAUCUUUCUCACUCACUUCCUACUUUUCUUGGGCUUGAUCCUGAUAGAAUGAAGGAGAUGAAAAUGUUAAUGUUUUCUGAUGAUGGCUAUGACGUUGAAGAUAAUUCCGGGUUUCCUUCUUAUGAGAAACAAGUAGCUCACCGAGAAAAGUCUCCUUUGUAUAACUCAGGGCUAAUGGUUAAUUAUAAACCGAGUCCUCCCCCACCCAGGAAGACUCCAGUACCCUUGCUCGAGUACAAAUCUAAAGAUUUUGAUGUAAAUUCUCCUGGAGCUCUUGUACUUUCCCAGAAGAAUAAAGGAUCACCUGUGAGGAUGGUUAAUCCAGUAGGUUUCAAGCUUAAUUCUAAGCAAGAAACACCAGUUUCUGGUUACCAUUCACGCAAUAUAGUUGAUGCAGGAUUGUUCAUGGGUAGGUCAUUUCGUGUUGGGUGGGGACCAAAUGGUCUCCUUAUUCAUAGUGGUGUACCUGUUGGUAACGAUCGCCAAGGAGUGCUUUCUUCUGUUAUCACUCUUGAAAAGGUUGCAAUAGACAAAAUCACUCGAGAUGAAACUAAUGAAGUGAAAAAGGAAGCAAUUGAUUUGCUUUUUGAUUCUCCCUUGGAUUUACAUAAGUCUUUGAAUCGUAGAAUACUAGAAGUUGAAGUUGGUUCCUUUAAAUUAAGCCUUCAAAAAGUCGUAUGUGAUCGCUUAAUUCUGUCUGAUAUAUGUCGGCGAUAUAUAGAUGUAGUGGAGAAGCAACUAGAGGUUACUGAUAUGGUGGCAUCUGUUCGUGUGUCUUUGAUGCAUCAAGUCAUUGUAUGGGAGCUAAUUAAAGUCCUUUUCUCUGAAAAAGAGACUAGUGGACAGACAGAGGAUGAGGUAGAUGCCCUUGAGGAAGAUAUGAUGUUGGAUGGAAAAGUCGGUUGUUCAGAAUUUGACCCUGAAGCACUUCCUUUAAUGCGGAGGGCAGAGUUUAGUUAUUGGUUACAAGAGAGUGUUUACCACCGUGUGCAAGAAGAUUUGAGCUGCGUGAGUGAGUCUGAUGAUCUGGAGCAAUUAUUUCUUUUAAUGACUGGGAAACAAUUGGAUGCUGCUGUUGAAUUGGCUGCUUCUGGAGGGGAUGUUAGGCUGGCCUGCUUACUAGGAGAGGCUGGUGGGUCUAUGGUGAACCGUUCUGAUAUAGCUCAGCAGUUAGAACUGUGGAGAAUUAAUGGAAUGGACAUGAAUUUCAUUGAAAAGGACAGGAUAAGGCUUUAUGAAUUACUUUCAGGUAACAUUCACAGUGCUUUGGCUGGAAAAAGGGUUGAUUGGAAAAGGUUCUUGGGGUUGUUGAUGUGGUAUGAAUUGCCACCAGGCACUCCUUUGCCCGCUAUUUUUCACACAUAUCAACAUCUUCUUACUGAAGGCAAGGCUCCUUACCCGGUUCCAGUUUAUAUUGAUGAGGGACCAGUGGACGAAACUGGUAAAGUUUUUACAGAGGGACGGUACGACCUUGCAUAUUAUCUAAUGUUGCUUCAUGCUAGUGAAGAUGGUAAAUUUGAUGGCUUGAAAUCCAUGUUCAGUGCUUUUGCGUCAACUAAUGAUCCACUUGACUACCAUAUGAUUUGGCAUCAGCGUGGAAUUCUUGAAGCAAUAGGUGCCUUUACUUCUAGUGAUCUUCAUAUUCUUGACAUGGCAUAUGUUUCCCAGCUUUUGUGUCUUGGAAAAUGUCAUUGGGCUAUUUAUGUUGUUCUUCACAUGCCCUACCGUAAAGAUUUUCCUUACUUACAUUCCACUGUUAUUCGAGAAAUCUUGUUCCAAUAUUGUGAUACUUGGAGUUCUCAAGAAGAUCAGCGCAAAUUUAUUGAAGAGUUGGGUGUUCCUUCACAGUGGUUGCUUGAGGCUAUGGCUGUGUACUAUCAGUACUAUGGUGAUCUUUCAAAGGCCCUAGAACAUUACAUUGAAUGUUCCAGUUGGCAAAAAGCUCAUUCAAUUUUCAUAACAUCAGUUGUUCAUUCCUUAUUUUUGUCAGCAAAAGACUCGGAGAUAUGGAGGCUGGCAACUUCAAUGGAGGAUUACAAGUCUGAGAUUGAAGACUGGGACUUGGGAGCUGGAGUUUAUAUUUCAUUUUAUUUGUUGAGAAGCACUUUACAGGGAGACGACGAUAUAAACAAACUGGAUUCUCUAGAGAGUAAAGAAACUGCUUGCAGGGAAUUUUUUGACUGCCUGAACAAGUCUCUGGAAGUCCUGGGAAGCAAACUACCGACAGAUGCAAGGGUGGCCUAUUCAAAGAUGUCAGAAGAGAUCUGCAGUUUGCUUGUGUCUGAUAGUGGAGAAGAUUCAACCCAUGAGACUCAGUUGAGCUGCUUUGAAACCAUAGCUACAGCCCCGAUUCCUGAAGAUCUCCGCUCUUGCCACUUACAGGAGGCACUGGUACUUUUCACCACUUAUCUUGCUGAGACGGCUACCUGACGUCAGUUAGGCUCGAAGCUAAUCAAUACUUGUGGGCGCAUUGGGGUAAUCACAAGAACUUUUUCUUCUGUAUCAGCUGAUCACAUGUUAGCUUGCAGCACGAAGCAUUCAACGUGUCAAUGGUCUUGAUGUGCCAAUUAGGGCGAGUCCCUGCCAGUUUCCCAUGCAAUCUCAUUCAUGUCAUUUGUUGUAAAUUAAAUAACCGUCUCCUGGGUGACGUAAGUACAGUCUUCUUGCUCAUGCUCGAGGUGGGUGUAGCUGUCUGCCCAUGAGUAGAACCAUGUCGUUCUCAUAUAUACGAGGUGGAGGUCCUUCUCACUUCACGUAGUUAUGCCAAAAUGUGAUGUUUUUCGCUCUCUUUUUUGGGUUUGUUUCCCCAUUUUUCGAAAAUUAUGAAGUGGUUCUGUAUCGAGUUAUUUUCAAAUCUAUUUUUACUCCUUUUGUAUAAUUUUCUGAAAAUUUAUGAUUAGGGUUUAGGAAUAUAACUGUUUGAAACAUACAUUCAGUUGCCUA